CGCACUUGCAGUGCCGCCUCCAUAGAAGAGCAAAUCGCUGGGGGCGGGGAGUGAUGCUGUGUUGAUAGACCUCGCCCUCAUGCAUGAUCGUGGCCCCGCCACACGCCGUGUCCAGAACCUCCCGGAGUAGCUGAAUCUGUAGAGCCCACUCUUUCCUCGUACCAUGCAGUAUUCUGUCGUCUCGAGGAUUCCGCUGCUGCCCUCGGAGGUGGCCAUGGGGUUUCAGGAUUUGGGGCUUCGGGUGGGGUAUGCGACAGCUGCGGUAGCCGUGGCGUGUAGACGUGGUGGUAUGGAUGUUUGAGGUGGAGCGGAUUAGGAUUCUCGGAUGAUUGCUAGGUUUGGAAUCGAUGCUGUUAAGUUUCUGUGAUGGUUGUUUGCUCCGGGGUGUUGUGCGGUUGAAGUGACUCUCGGUGUUGGAGGAGAUUUUUCUGGUGCAGGGUUCUGUGGGAUGUGUAGAAGAGGCAGGAUUUGAGGUUUGCGGUGUUGGACUGCUUAUUGAGGAGGUGUUGAAUCAGCGUAGAAGUUGGAUAGUGUAGAAAGGAUGGAGGGUUGGAACUUGUUUUAGCAAAUGGGGGGAGUGAUUCCUCUGGAAACACGCGUGGCUCGUCUUCGUUUACAGUCGGAAUUCAUCUAUAUUGUCAUUUUCUUCGGAGAUGGCUGUUGGGAUGGGUUCAAAUCUAAGGCGAUGUUUCGGUUCUUCAUGUUCGUGCUCAUGUGAGCUGGGUUGAGGCUGUUGCGAGGUCAAUCGUCUUGUGCAUUGUUGGAAAUAGGCGCCACGAAUAUUACAACAGGGGUUUAGCGUUCGAGGUAACCACGCGGUCCUGCGAAGACAAGCAGCAGAAAAGAAAAGAAAGUCGUACUCGGCGAUUGCUAGUUGGCUUAUUUUGAUUCUGGGGUUCAGCCAAUGGUGGUCGGUUCUUUGUGUGGCGGAGUUCCUCCGUAGUGUUCAGAAUUUGAAGUAAUUCAAGCGCAUGCUUUUCUACUCGUAAAUGACAUUUAGCCGUAAAAGUUCAUGGUUCAACAGGACUGAGCAGGAUUGAAGCAUCCCUCAAUGGCUGUAAUGUCGAUCAAAGUAGCGAUCGCAAUUGGGAUAGGUUCUCUUUUUCUACUAGCAAUAAGCUGCUUCUUCUGUUGGGGAGUUAAAAUGCUCCGGCAUCGCACGAGGACCAUCGGCCAAAUUGCUGCAACACCCGAGAUUCCUGUCAUUUUGCAGGUUGAGCACAGGAUUGUGUUAAAGAAAGAAAAGGUCGAUCCAUUCCCAGUUGCGAAUCCCGAGGUGAAGGCAUCUACGCUUGGAAUGCUUGAUAAUUGUAUAACACGCGAGAAAUUUAACGACAGAAGCCCUAAUCAUCAGGUGGUCCCCUCGCGGAGCAUCUACUCGAAUAGCCCCUCAGCUCCUUCUACCCCAAAACCACCCACGAUUCUGCCUUCCUGGGUUCACUUUAAUCGACCAGUCCCCCUUCCGGAGACUGCCAUUGUGAACAGCCACCCCUGCGCUUAUGACCUAGAGCAAUGUGUCGACAUAAGCUUAACAUUUGGAACUGACAUUCCAGUCGAGAAAAGACAUCCUUCAUCAAGUGACAGAAGCGUGGACUCUUUUUCCUUUGGCAUUCCAAGCGCAGAUGCCUUCACUUUCCCAGAGCUCGGUGGUGCAGCGCAGAACUCCUGGGAUGCUGCACCCACAAUUUUUAGGUCAUCGUUGAGACACAGUCGCAGCAAAGGGUCGACCACUGGCGAUUCUAGCGAUUCCAGUAAUUCUAAUCCACGGACAAGAUAUUUGCGAAGCUCUUCGAUGAGGUCUCGCUUGACAACUCAAUUCUUGGACAGCUCUAGCUUUAAACGAGUAGCCAAGGAAGGAUAUGGACAUUCACAAUCACAUGAAAGAUACGAGCAUGUUACCGUGGACCAUCAGCCUUCGACAGUUCCACAGGACCAGUACCCCUCGGAUGUUUCAUUCAUUCUCGGCUCAGGGAAUCAUAAUUUGAGGCCUUCUCAAACUUCCACGGAGCUUCUUAAGGUUGCUUCGAGCCGCAACCCCUAUUCUAAGCAGCUAGAAACCAGCAAGAGCACAAGAUGGGAGCGACUCUAGACGAGGACCUCACUCCCUGUCGGAAGCCCUAAAAUCUAUGAAGAACCAUCAACAUAAUCUACCGCAAUGUUGGGUGAUCAGCUUCUAGAGGAAACCGAGCUAGUUCGAAAGUGGACGAUUGUGGUGAAUGAUUUCUAGCAAUCUGAAGCAUUCAAUGGCUAGUGUUUUUCCCCUUUCUGAGCAGGAUUGCAAACCAGUUUCAAACACUUCUCAGACUGUUAGUUGCUGGGGUCAGCGUUUACCGAGUCGAAGGUAAACGCAUGUUCGUCGAUAUCGUCGCCGUUUCAAGCGCUGGAUUUACCCAAACCCUUGGAGUUUACUGUGUGCAGGGCAGUUGGAGUCACAGAGGACCUUAGAAAUUCACUGUACAAUACGGAAUCAUGACUUUGAACCUUUCCAAUAUACAUCACUGUAACACAGGCAUCUAGGCUUAGACCCUACCGUCUAAAACAUUGAUACUUCUCCUUCAUGUCAGUGUAGCAUGAACUGUACCAUAUCCAAGUUCAAGUUAUGUAACGUUGUCAAGCAUAUAUAAAGGUGAACGCUAAAUUCAA